CCUUGAUGCUCUGGUGGUCCAGGUGGAAGGAGGAUUGGAUCUAGAGGAGAACAAAGCUGGCUCAGGGGCUUAUGGCUGUGUCUUUAGAGUGACGGUGAAUGGAAGAGACUGCAUUGCUAAAAAACUACACCACAUAUUGCUCCAAGAGCGAUACCUUGGACAGAGGGAGAGGAUUGUAACAAUGUUCCAAAAUGAGUGUCAUAUUCUGAGUGUUUUGGAUCACCCCAACAUUGUCGCUUUUGUUGGAGUCCAUUACGGCCGCGAUAAGAACGACAUCAGUCUAAUAAUGGAAAGGCUUCAUAAUUCUGACUUGGCCAAUUUCGUUGAAACCCAUCGAGACACGAAUAUCGCCACUAGAAUCCAUAUCCUGUAUGAUGUAUCCAAAGGCCUUCACUAUCUCCACUCUCUGACCCCUCCCCUCAUCCAUCGUGACCUCACUGCUCCCAACAUCUUGCUCACUGAGGACCUCACUGCCAAGAUCGGAGACCUGGGUGUCUCCAGAUACGUUGAUCUGGAGAGAUUGACUCAAAUUGUUCUAACAAGCACCCCGGGAAAUGUAGGCUAUAUGCCUCCCGAGUGUCGUGUGGAACGGCCCACCUACACUACCAAACUGGACAUCUUCUCAUUCGGUCAUCUUAUCAUUCACACUGUUAUCGGAGAUUUCCCUAAAGUCAACCACGUACCUCAAAGUAUUCGCAACUAUUUCAAGUCUAUAGGAGGAAAGGAGGAGCUCAUGCGUCGAAGCACUGAUGUCCAUGGUGACAAAAUGGGGCAGAAACACGCUCUUUAUCCUCUUGUUGUUAGCUGCCUCCAUGACCGACCUCAACAGAGACCAUCAGUUGACGAAGUGAUUGUCUCACUCAGAAAGCUGUGUCUACAGCACCCCAGGAUGGAAUUUUUAGAUGCUUGUAAGACGGGUAAUGUGGGUGUGGUUCUGGAGCUACUGGAGUGUGGGGCUGAUCCCAACCAGGCAGACAAGGAUGUUCCUCUUCACUGGGCCAUUAACAAUGGACAUGAUGAGAUAGUGAGGGUCCUCUUAGCAGCCAAGGCUACAGUCAACACUCAGACCAAGUCCGGAGUGACCCCUCUUUGGGAAGCCAGUUUCAAUGGUCACCAGAAACGUAUGGAGCUCCUAAUCGAUGCUGGGGCCAAUGUUGAUGUACCCAGAGAGGAUGGAGCCACUGCGUUGAUUGUAGCUGCUCAGAAUGGUCAUGUGAGGGCAGUGGAAUUGUUGCUUGCAGCAACGACUAAGGUUGACAUUCAAGCAAAGAAUGGAGCCACAGCAUUGUACAUGGCCAGUAAGGAGGGUCACUGUGGAGUUGUUAGAAUGUUGUUGGAGGCCAAGACUGAUGUCAAUAUCGAGACUAAUAACAACCAGACAGCUCUGCAUGCAGCCAGUUACAAUGGACAUGAUGAGAUAGUGAGGGUCCUCUUAGCAGCCAAGGCUACAGUCAACACUCAGGAGAAGUCGGGAGAGACCCCUCUUUUAGUAGCCAGUUUCAGUGGUCACCAGAAAUGUAUGGUGCUCCUAAUCGAUGCUGGGGCCAAUGUUGAUGAACCCAAAGAGGAUGGAGCCACUGCGUUGAUUGUAGCUACUCAGAAUGGUCAUGUGAAGGCAGUUGAAUUGUUGAUUGCAGCAAAAGCUCAUGUUAACAUUCAAGCAAAGGAUGGAACCACUGUGUUGUACAUGGCCAGUAAGAAUGGUCACUAUGUAGUUGUUAGAAUGUUGUUGGAGGCCAAAGCUGACGUCCAAAUCAAGACUAAUUCGGGAGAGACCCCUCUUUGGACAGCCAGUUUCUAUGGUCACCAGAAAUGUAUGGAGCUCCUAAUCGAUGCUGGGGCCAAUGUUGAUGUACCCAAUGAGAAUGCCCUUGAGGAGGCUCGACUGAGGAAAGGUGGUGCUCUCACAGAGGCAGAGAUACGUGAUGUCGUGGCUCAGGUCAACGAGGAAGUUAGACAAGAGACACUCUCUGCUGAGGCCAUUGUCACCAUCAACAGUACACUGACAGCAGAUGACCCUCAGGCUCUUCUAGAGGCGCUACAAAGCGACCAUGCCCAUCUGGAGGGUAUCCAAGAGCCCCAGGCCCCUCACUACCUGACGCUACUCAAGGCUGCUCUUGCGGUUAAGUUGGAGAGUGACCCAGAGGCAGUGUUGAGUAGGGAAGAGAUACAAGGCAUGGUGGAAAAGGCCAACGCUCAGACUGUGGAGGCACUGGAAUACGCCCAGGCGGUGAGCUCCAUCAACCGUGCUGUGGAGAGCAACGACCCAGCCGCCACAUUGGAGGCCAUCAAAGCCCCCACUACCAACAUCCGCUCCAUCACUGACAGCUGCACUGACACGUACUUAGAGAAACUGAGUGCAGCACGACAGGAGAAAAUGGACAAAGGAGUGUCUGACAAUGAUGGAUGGUCAGCCCACCACCUUCAUGGAGGGUACACCUACUACCACAACAGCCAGACAGGGGAGGGGCAGUGGGCAGAGCCUCAAGGAUUCACUGGAGAAUCUUGUGAACUCAGCAAAGAUGAAAUACAGGCUGUGGUUACCAAGGUGACAGCAGACUAUGACAGGUGGACUCUGAUGCAAGCCAACGAGCCACUCAUCAUCCAGAUACAAGCCAGAGUGAGGGGGGCUAGAGAGAGACGACCAUAUAAGGAGAGACUCGAGUUCCUCUCCUCACGUCAAGAGGACACUGUCAAGCUACAGGCUGCAUGGAAGGGAUUCAAACAAAGGAAGGCUUACAAGGAGAUACUCGAUUACCUCUCAAAGCAAACAGCUGUUGCCGUGAAGAAACCAGGGACCACCAGCUUCCACCAGUUGAUGGUAAAGAAGGGAGUCACUGACGAGCAGUUGGAUCCUCCAGUGCCUUCUACCACUAGCUUACUAGCUUCAGGUGAGUUCUAUACUGGAAGGAAUGAAGAGUCAACACACAAUGGCACCGAAUCCAUACAAUUAGCCUCAACUCCAAACCCUUGGAUUGCCUCUCUCCUGCCUGGAAUCCAGGCUACCAUACCAUCACCAGGUCGCAUUGGAAAAACUGUUGUGGAAGUCACUAACAAAUCUAAGGAGUUCAGCACGUUCGGAUUUAAAAUUAAAUUCCCCAAGAAUUGCCUACCUAAAGGAACCGAUACGUGUGUCCUACACAUAUUCUUUGACUCAUCCACUGACUUUGAGAUUCCUGCAAACUCAGACCUAUUCAGUUUAAUAUAUUAUGUGAAAUGUGAGCCCGAAGUGCAGUUCAAGAAGCCUCUUACUUUACAAAUACAACAUCGUGCCAGUUUAAGGGCUGACCCUCUUGUCAUUGCUCGAACAACAGACCAGAACGAAGUAUUUGAGACCCUGGAGGGUGGACACUUUCCUAUUGGCCAAUCCUAUGGAUCUAUCGAACUUACUCGUUUCGAGGGCUUUGGUAUUUACGUUCGUAAAGUAUUUGGCUUUACAAUUGAGAAAAUGUACAGUGCUUUGCUGUUUAGCAGAACUUACUUACUGCGUAACGUUGUCGUAAUUGACGUGAAAUGUGUGAUCUGUCGGGAUCUACGCACUCAUGUAAAUAUAAUUAGAGAAGAGCUUGAAGGAGAUCGCCAUGGAUUCACAAAAGAAUUGGUGGAUCGAGGUCAAAUUCAAUUUGAAAAUGAAAUAGAGAUGGAGAUACAAAACUCCCAGCCACACCGUAAUUGGACUGUUAAUAUGCAAUCGUCAUCCGUUGUGAGUUAGUUAGUGCUCUAUUACCAUGCACAAGACAAUGCAAGUCAAAAGCAUGAUCACUCGAUCUUUUGAAGGAGGGGUUAUACUGUGCACUAAGUACCGUCUCUAAUUAUGAUGUAACGUGCAUUACAUACACAUGAUCGUGUGAUUACUUACAUGCAUGCAUGCACUUUCCGUCUUGUAGCUAUCCAAAGAAUCUAUCGAUCGCUACUCAAACGUUCUACUUUCGACUAAUCAACUUGGAGUUAUCCCAGCCAUCCAUUACAAAUUUACUCUGCUUGAAAAUGAGUAUUCUCUUUCAGUAAAGUUUCUGCUGAAGAAUACCAAU